AUGUCUUCUGAGUUUCUUAACACAAAAGCUCUCGGGCUGCUGCAGCAGCAAAAAGAAAAAAAACACAACCUGAGAGAGCUGAUGCAGGAUGAGGACCGCAACCAACGCAUGUAUAGAGAAUUCGGCGGUGUCUGCAUGGACUUCAGCAGACAGCUGCUCGAUAAGCAGGGCCUGGAUGCCUUGAUAGAGUUGGCGAAGGAGCGAAAGGUAGUAGAGAAAGUACAAGCAAUGUUUAAAGGAGAAAAAAUAAACAAAACAGAAAACAGAAGGGUUUUGCAUGCAGCGUUGCGGGCCCCCAGAAACACAAAACUACAAAUAGAGGGAGAGAACAUCACCGAGGAGGUUUAUGCUGUAUUAGAUAAAAUUAAACUCUUCUCUACUCAAAUCAGAGACGGUACCCUGAAGGGCGCGACGGGCGAAACCCUAAAAAAUAUAAUUUGUAUCGGCAUUGGGGGCAGUUAUUUAGGCAGCGAGUUUGUUGUUGAGAGUUUAAAAACAGAAAAAAAAGCAAAACAACAAGCAGCAGGAAGAACCAUCAGGUUGGGGAGCGAGUUUGUUGUUGAGAGUUUAAAAACAGAAAAAAAAGCAAAACAACAAGCAGCAGGAAGAACCAUCAGGUUUUUAGCGAAUGUGGAUCCUAUAGAUGUGGCUUUGUGGUUUGUGUGUAGGUUUUUAGCGAAUGUGGAUCCUAUAGAUGUGGCUCGAUGCACUGAGGGUUUUUAG